AUGAGGAAACUUUCAGAUAAAUCCAGAAUGUCCAGAAUGCAGCUUCUCUACAAUAGGCAAGUCCAGGAAAACGAAGAAAUAGAGCAGCCUGUGCAGAAUGGAGAGGAAGACCGCCCUUUGGGAGGGGGCAAAAGCCACCAGCCAGCAGGAAAUAAUAGACAGGGACAGGCUCGCCAACUUGCCCCUAAUUUCCGAUGGGCCAUACCCAAGAGGCAGGUCAGCGAUGGGAUGGGUGGAGAUGGAGAUGAUAUGGAAAUGUUCAUGGAGGAGAUGAGAGAAAUCAGGAGAAAACUUAGGGAGCUGCAGUUGAGGAACUGUCUGUGUAUCCUUAGGGGGGAGCUCUCUAAUCACCAUGACCAUCAUGAUGAAUUCUGCCUUAUGCCUUGACUCCUGCCAUUUUCCACGAGAUUAAUACUGUGAUUCCCACUGUCAUUCUCCUUUUCCUUGCAUUUUCCUGAUAGGCCUUUACUGAUCCAUUUGCUGUGAACCUUAUGUAAUUUCCAUGUGUCAGGUGGG